GUUGUCGAGGUUGCGAAAGAGUGAGACGCAGUCACUGGAGACUAGCCAAAAUGCCCCUCAGUUUGUUUUUGUUGGAAUCGCAAUUAGAAAAUAGUAGCUGAAGGAUGUGGUUGUUACUUGUUACAAGCUAUAAAGAUCCAAAAUGUCUUGCAACCUACCCCCAAUGGUCUUCUCAAACCCAGACAAGGAAGAAGUGGUUGAACUCGACUUUGGAGUACCCGAAGAGUCUUCAUCUUUCCUCCAUAAAAAAGUGAAAUCCAAAAAGGAUGAGUCCGACGAGGCUUCCUAUUCACAGUGGAACGCUCUUCCAGAUAUCUUAUUGGAAGAUAUCUUUUCUAGGCUUUCGAUAAAAGAGAGAUAUAACGCUUCGCAGGUGUGUUGGAACUGGUAUCGUUUAUUUCAUUCCAAAAAAGUUUGGGAAGUAUUUAUACUAGAAGAUAAAACCCUAACGAGACGGAAGUUCAACUAUUAUUUGGGGUACCAAUUUGUUCUUGACCAUUACCGAACUCAGUUAUGUCUGAAUAGAGUGAUUCGUGGUGUACGCAAGCUGAUCAUAAGACCGAUGGAGAACUUUUUCAAUCUGUACGAAUUUAUGAGCAUUCUGUCUUAUUUCUCGGAGAAAUUCGAGCCUUUAGACUUUAUAAAUACUUUAGAUUUCACAUUUGGUUGUGAGUAUGCUGCCGAAAAUUCUCAAGGAAGAGACAAAAUAUUUGGAACAGGUGGAAAACUACUUGAAGCAUUAAAACACUUAAUGAUGGAUUUGAGAGGUCUCAAGCACCUUGCUCUUCGAGACUUAUAUUUGGAAACUGAAGAGGCCCAAUAUCUUUUGGAUGAUGUGGCAUAUAAUUCUUGUGAAACUUUACGAACUUUGAAAUUGGUUAAUUGUUCUAAAGAACCAUACGCUAUGCUUCACCCAGCUGUUUUCAUCAAUCUUCAGAAACUGACUAUUUCUCCACAGCAUCUUGGAGAUGAUGUCCUUCUCUUGUUGGCGAGUACGAAAUUGAAAGAACUAUAUUUACUUCAAACAAAAUUAACCAUUGGUUGUAUCUCCGUAUCAUACAAAGUGUGGAAGGAAUUUAUAAAGUUAUCUCCAUUCCUAAGGGUUCAUCAUGUUCUAGAAAGUGGAACAAAAACACCGAUUGCAUGGCAAGAGGGUGCUCCAGUGAGAUCAAUCAUUUAUGAUACGCCAGAAAGCGAGAUAUUAAUAUCAUGUAUAUAUACAGCUUCCAAUAUAUAUUGCAACACGCUGGAAGUGUUUGCAUAUUUAGGUCUUCCACAAUAUAACCUACAUGAUAGCUUUGAUGAAAGAGCAGAUAUAUCUCUAAUACUUCUGUCCCGCUGUUGUUUAUAUUUAGAUACACUAGUAAUAAGAGAACACAUAUCUUCAUCUACAUUACUGCUGUUGGCAAGUCAAUCUAGAAACUUAAGAAGAUUAAUAGUUCGAAGAAGUGCUCUGAUAAUGAAAUGUGAUUGGCCACAUAACCCUGAAUGGACCGAAGAAUUCUAUUUUUGGUUACGCAUGACAUCUAUAUCAUAUGACAAGCUCAUUUCUGAAGUCAGUAAAUGUUUAGAAAUAAAAUGGCACCCAUUGUCGGAUGAAGAAUUUCAAAACUUUAAAUUAUGAGCUAUUUUAAAUGUAUAUGUGUCAAAUAUCAUGAGCAUUAUAAAAUUCUUAUGCUACAAACAAACAUACAUAAAAUUAUUAAGAAUCCUUUACAGAUUAUUGAAAUGUUAUUAACGUAACUUUCGAAAUUAUUCCACUAAGUCAUAAAAAUUUCCCUUUUCAUUAAAUAAGUUAUUUGGGGCUUUUGAAAUAAAUUUUUUAUAUAUCUUUUGUUUAAACUGCAGAAAAUAAAUGAAUGCAAACAGUUUGAAAAUUCUGAAGUCUUAAUUGUUAAAAAAUUAAGCAAUAUUUUAUAAGAAAAACCAAGAUAUCAGUGUAAGGUUAAUUUUCUUAGCCUUUAAAACAACCUUUAUCACAAAGCCCUUCAAGGUUUAUAAAUGAUUAGCAGAUAAUACAUGCAAGCUUGAAACAGUGUUAAAUUUAAUUAUGCUAUUUUAUGCGCUAUGGGGUUCCCAUUAAGCUUGUAUAAACAACCCUUAUAUAUAUAUUGAAGUUGAAUCUGUCCUAACAAAACAAGGCUAGAAAAAUUGUCUGAAAUCGAGGAUGAAUCAUCAUUUGCAAAACAAAAGUAGAAAGCUUUUUUAAACCAAGGAUAAAUUAUAUUCACAAAAUUUAUUUCAGAUUUUAUUACCAUCCCUGAAAUUAAAUUUUUUAUUUGAGCAGGCUGUUAUAUAGAUAAAGAUAUAAUGAAAUAAAGGUAAAAACAAGGCUUUUAGUUCAAUCUAAAGAGAUGAGAUUUUUUUUUAAAUUUUUUCAAUGCCUCAAUUUAAUUUUUAAUAAAACAAGCUUGGCAUGGCAUACUAGUAUUUCUACUAAGUUUUAAAAAAAUAACUAAUUAUUCAGCCGUUCUGUUCCAACGAAAUUAAAAUGUAACUACAACGUUUUUAGUAAGGUUGAUUGUUAUAUGGAAAGAUGCGAUUGUAUUUUUAUAUCUGAACUUUAUAAUGUGUGAAUUUGAAAUACAAAAUUAGCAUUUUUUAAUUAUUUUCCUUGAAUAUAAAAGUUUAAUAAAUACUUUUUUACGUGUACAUUGUAUGAGCAAGUCAUUUGGAAAGCUCUUUCUUAAAAAAAUCCCUUCUAAGAAAAUAAAAAGUCUCUGAUGAAGUAUGAAAUUAAUUUUAACAUUAAUUUAAACUAGAAUUACUAUAAUUUAGCAUUAAUUUUACAUAAGUAUUCUGUAUAGAAUAACAUAUUGUAUUUAGAUAUCAUGUCAUUAUAUAUUACAAUAUUGUUACAAUAUUCUUUAAUUAUUAAAAUGUGACUUAAUGCUAAUCCUGUUACUGUCAUAAUAUAUUUAGUUAAUAUAUGGAACAAAGUUGAGGCAAAAGAGUUGAUGAUAUCUGUAGCUGUAAUGAAUUUAUACAUGGAAGGUUUGGUUUACCUUGUGAGAUGUAUUGUUACCUUCUAUCAAUUACUAUUAAUUUUAACAUAGAUAUUCUGUGUAAAAUGACUUAAUAUGUAUAGUUAAUACACAAUAUUCUUCAAUUACUGAAAUGUAGCCUAAAGCUAUCCUACCAUGUUACUGUUUUAAUUUUCUUUCAAAUAUAUAGAUAAGAGAAACGUUGUGAUAAAAGUGUUGAUGAUAUUUGUAGCUGUAAAGAAUUUAUACAUAGAAGGUUUACCUUGUGAGAUGUGUUCUUUACCUUAUACCCCGCAUGCACACCGAUACAACCAUUCCUCAUUUUCCCUUAUUAUUCCAUGUUAUUUUUAAGGAUAUUACGAUUUUGUAAUAAAGUGAAACGAUAAUAAUUGUUUUGUAUAGAUUUGUUAAUAAAUUUAAUUUUUGAAAAUUA